CAAAAUCCUUAACAGACAAUCCAACAAAAAGUAACCUAUAGACCGGUAUUUAUGCGUAUGUUAAAUGCCACUAUGAUUUAUCACCUAAAGUUGUUAUAUAGUAUGUGAAAAUAUUCUUUCGGCUAGUCUGUUUAACCCCUAAUUCAAAUUGUUUCUACUUACCCAAGAAGAACCGUUUUGACUACUCUGUCUCUUUGUCCUGGCGUUAUUGAAGGUUUUUUCUGUGGCAAACCACCCAUAUUGCGGCAUCCGCCUCCGUCUCUGUUUGAGAGAUAUGUCAUAUGCAUUUGAUGCCCUCAUGUCCGGCGCAUGUGUUGCCGCCAAGAAGAAACAACAGCCUGAUUAUAUAUCUUCUAACAAAAAAUGAAAAACACUCCUCUCCCUUCAAAACCCUACCACAAAACCCUCCUACCAUUACCAAUGAUGAAUCCCUAAACGAGUUUCCUCUCAAAUCAUCGUCACUGUCAUCGUCACCGUCACCACCUCCUCUACCACCACCACCACCGUCAUCAUCAUCAUCAUCAUCAUCAUUAUCUUCCUCUUCUUUUUUGAAUCUUAUUGAACUGAAGAAACGUGUUUCACUUCUAAAAAAUAAAUCGUCGAACUUCAAUCCUGAUUUUGUCGAAUGGUGGAAGAAGGGAGAAUCUGUGUCGUUCAUGUUCCUUUCAUUGGCGUUAGAUAUGAUCAACGAAGAGAGUGGGAGGAUUACGAUCACAGAGAUUGUUUGUAAUCUUUUGAGGAUUGUGAUACACGCUACGCCUGAGGAUCUAUUGUCGGUUGUUUAUCUCACUACUAACAGGAUUGCUCCAUCACACCAAGGUUUAGAAUUGGGAAUUGGUAAAGCUUCCAUUGUUAAGGCGUUUGCUAAGGCUUGUGGAAGAACUGAAAAGCACAUUAAGGAGCACUAUAAGGUUUGUUUGUGUUAUUUUUGAGUUUUAGAAAACUAUUUAAAAAUCACAAUUUAUGCCACCGAAGAUAUUACUGGGUUGAGUCAUGGACUAUGUCUCUCUCUUUAAGACGUUUCGCGGCACUACCCGAAUUGUGCAAGGCAGACUAUCAGCCACGAAGUCCCCAGGAUAAAACAACUCAGAUUCACUGUA